UAAAAAAAAAAAAAACAAAGUUAAAUAUAAGAAAAUAAAUAGAAAGAGAGGAGUAGUAAAGUCAAAAGAUAAAUCAAUGAUAUAAAAUGAUGGAAACAACGACGACAACAACGGUUUAUUAUAAUACUCGUCCAUCGUAUUAUCAAAAUGAGACUAACGACACUAACGUUCCUGCUGAAUGUUAUCAAAAAAUAAAUUCAACCGGUUUGUUCGAUUUUAUCGUAUACGGUAUAUUAAUUAAUUUCGUAGGACUAUGUGGUAUAUUAGGAAACACCAUAUCAAUGGUGGUACUUUCUCGACCACAAAUGAAAUCUUCCAUUAAUUAUCUACUCAUUGGUUUAGCCAGUUGUGACACUCUUCUAAUAAUUAUUGCGAUUCUCAUCUUUGGAUUACCAUCGAUUUACCUUUACACCGGUUAUCUUUUUAACUAUCAAUUCGUCGUUUAUCCGAAGAUAGUCAAAUAUUUAUAUCCAAUAUCGUGUGCUGCACAAAUAGCAACAGUUUAUUUAACGUUAACUGUAACAAUAGAACGAUAUAUCGCAGUUUGUCAUCCACUCAAAGCUAGAUCAUUUUGUACAUGUGGACGUGCACGUUUGGCUUUUCUAAGCAUCGUUAUUUUUGCAUUAAUCUACAAUUCACCAAAAUUUUUCGAAAUAGAAAUUUACACUGAGAUGCAUUGGAAAUACAAUGUAGCAGUUUAUUGCGUACGUCCAGCAUCUUUGAGAAGCAACGACCUUUACGUGACCGUAUACGUCCAUUGGAUGUACUUUUUUGUGUGUUAUUCCAUUCCUCUAAUCGCAUUAAUUAUUUUCAACGUGGCUAUUUAUCGAAGGGUCAGAAAAGCGAACAGGGAUUUGCAACAACUGACUCGUCAUCAAAGACGUGAAAUUGGAUUGGCAACAAUGUUACUUUGUGUUGUGAUAGUAUUCGUAAUAUGUAACAUUUUACCACUUACAUCAAACAUUAUGGAAACAUUUAUCGGCGAUCCACCUAGGUGGUUAGUUCAAAUUGGUAAUUUAUUGGUUACCAUAAACAGUAGUAUCAAUUUUAUAAUAUACGUGAUAUUUGGUAGAAAAUUCAAACGGAUAUUUAUGAAAUUAUUUUGUGUUACGGGAAUUUUCAAUCGUGAAAGAGACAGUCCAGAACAUCAAACACGUGACGAGUCGAGCGUGACUAAUAUGACGAACAUAGAGUUAAGAAAUUCUAUUAGAAAUAAUCAUUUGAAUAGAACAAAUACCAUCAAUAGAAACAAUUACGUUCAUUAUACAAAUGGGGGAACUAGACAAAGCAUUGGAUUAUCAAAUAGACCAACAAGUCCAGGUACACUCGUUUAUUAUCCCCCAUGUAAUUCUAUGAAAAAUUUAAACAAAUUAAAUAAUAUAUCAUCCUCCGAUCAAAAUGAAUGGAAUAAAAAUAAUAAUAAUAAUUCUUCUAUAUAGUUCCCAUUUGUUAAAUGAUCACCACAAAUUUCUAUUCAAUCGUGUUAUAUAUAUAUAUGUGUGAGUCCUAAGAUAAUAUUAACCCUUCGCACUCGAGCCCAUUUUUGCUUGUGCUAAUCAGCAACUCGAGACGAUUUCUGCAACAUUAGGGAAACAUUUCACAUAUUAAUGUAAUAAAAUUUCAUCAAUUAAUUUAUUUUUAUAUCAAAAACAACUAAAUUUGAAAAAUAUUAUACUCUGUAAAAUUAAUUUUUGUAUGAUAUUUCGUAAAACAAUACCCAAGAUGUAUCCUCGGUUUAUCAGGACACGUAUCAUAAUAAUUACUUUAUAAAAUAAUUAUUAUAAAUUUAUAUUUAUAUUAUUAUUAUUUAUAUUAAAUUUA